ACGAGUCGGAGGACCUUAACGAAGAUGGCGAGACGUUGCUGGAUCGACCGGAGAUAUGUUCCGAUCAUCGCGAUCGCGAUGCUUUUGGUUCGCUGUUCAAGUGGUAGCUGGAUGUGGCUGGGAAUGCUACCGGCCAGACUUCCAGAGAAGCUGGGCUGCUCACAAAUUCCCGGACUGCCGAGCCGGCAAAUAGAAGUUUGCAAGCAGAAGCCUGACAUCCUGGGCAGCAUUCAGCGGGGAGCGCGUACGGCCAUCCAGGAGUGCCAGAGUCAGUUCAAGCACGAACGGUGGAACUGCUCAACGACUAGUGACUACUCGGUGUUUGGACAAGAACUAACUCGCGGCUCGCGAGAGACGGCGUUCAUCUACGCGGUGGCGAGCGCCGGCCUCGUCUACUCGAUCACGCGUGGCUGCAGCGCGGGCGAAGUCUCGGGCUGUUCGUGCGACGCCUCCCUGAAGGGCGGCUCGCAGAGCGAGGGCUGGCAGUGGGGCGGCUGCUCGGACGACAUCCGCUACGGACUCACCUUCGGCCGCAAGUUCGUGGACGCUGCCGAGAGCGCCGCCGGCGGACACAACGCGCUGAUGAACUUGCACAACGUGGAGGCGGGCCGGCAGGCGGCCUCCAUGCUGAUGACGACGCACUGCCGCUGCCACGGCGUGUCGGGUUCGUGCGCCGUCAAGACGUGCUGGCGGGGCAUGGCGAGCUUCGACAAGGUGGGCAAGCUGCUCAAGGACAAGUACGAGGAGAGCGCGCACGUGGUGGAGAAGUCGCAGGGCAAGCUGCGUCGGCGGGGCAACCUCCACGGGGGCAAGCACGCCGCUCACAAGGACGAGCUCGUGCACGUGGCCGACUCGCCCGACUAUUGCGUGCGCAACGGCGCGGUGGGCACGGCGGGCACCAAGGGGCGCGAGUGCGAUAAGUUCUCGGACGGGCCCGAGGGCUGCGGCUCGCUGUGCUGCGGCCGGGGCUACAACACGCACGUGGUGCGACACGCCGAGCGAUGCGAGUGCAAGUUCAUGUGGUGCUGCUACGUGAGGUGCCGGGUGUGCGAGACGCUGGCGGACGUUCAGACGUGCAAGUGAAGGAGAGUUCGCGUGGCUCCCCCCCCCCCCACCCCAUCCCGCCUCGCCCUGCCCGCCACAACCUCACCACCCCGCACACCCCC